GGGGGCAGCGGCGGCUGUAGCGGCUGCGACCUGGGCGGGCGCAGGAGGAGUGUGACGGGCCUCGGGGCCGCAGUGGAUGGUUUCUAAAAUGAUCAUUGAAAACUUCGAGGCACUCAAGUCCUGGCUCAGCAAGACUCUGGAGCCCAUAGAAAGUGUUUUGCCAAGAUCACCAAUGAACUCCACCUUGCCAAAUCUUAGAGCCACUUACAUGAACUCCACGUUGACAUCUCACUUGGAUGUGUAUCAGACACCUCAUAGUUGUGAUGCAGAUCCAUCAGCCCUAGCAAAAUAUGUUCUGGCUUUGGUAAAGAAAGACAAAAGCGAAAAAGAGUUAAAGGCAUUAUGUAUUGAUCAGCUAGAUGUAUUUCUUCAGAAAGAGACACAGAUAUUUGUGGAAAAACUUUUUGAUGCUGUGAAUACUAAGAGUUAUCUACCUCCUCCAGAGCAGCCAUCGUCAGGAAGCCUAAAGGUAGAAUUUUUUCAGCACCAAGAAAAAGAUAUAAAGAAAGAAGAGAUCACAAAGGAGGAAGAGCGAGAGAAGAAGUUUUCUAGAAGGCUAAAUCAUAGUCCUCCCCAGUCAAGUUCACGCUACAGAGAAAAUAGAAGUCGUGACGAGAGGAAGAAAGAUGAUCGUUCUCGCAAAAGAGAUUACGAUCGAAACCCUCCUCGAAGAGAUUCGUACAGAGACCGGUACAAUAGAAGACGAGGGCGGAGUCGCAGUUACAGCAGGAGUCGGAGUCGAAGUUGGAGUAAAGAGAGACUGCGUGACAGAGAUAGAGAUAGGAGCAGGACCAGAAGCAGAAGCAGAACCCGAAGUAGAGAAAGAGAUCUAGUAAAGCCUAAAUACGACUUGGAUAGAACGGACCCAUUAGAGAAUAAUUAUACUCCAGUCUCUUCGGUACCUAGCAUUUCAUCCAGCCACUACCCUGUACCUACUUUGAGCAGCACUAUCACAGUAAUUGCUCCUACUCAUCAUGGUAAUAACACUACAGAAAGUUGGUCUGAAUUUCAUGAAGACCAGGUGGACCAUAACUCUUAUGUAAGACCACCAAUGCCAAAGAAACGAUGUAGAGACUAUGAUGAAAAGGGUUUUUGUAUGAGAGGAGACAUGUGCCCUUUUGAUCACGGAAGUGACCCAGUAGUUGUAGAAGAUGUGAAUCUUCCUGGGAUGCUGCCUUUCCCAGCACAGCCUCCUGUUGUUGAAGGACCACCUCCCCCUGGACUCCCUCCACCUCCACCAAUUCUUACACCCCCACCUGUGAAUCUUAGACCCCCAGUGCCACCUCCAGGUCCAUUACCACCUAGUCUCCCACCUGUCACAGAUGAUAUUUCUUAUUCUUUGGUUUUGACAGGACCACCCCCUCCACUUCCUCCUUUGCAGCCAUCUGGCAUGGAUGCUCCCCCAAACUCUGCGACCAGUUCUGUUCCUACUGUAGUAACAACUGGCAUUCAUCACCAGCCUCCUCCUGCUCCACCCUCUCUUUUUACUGCAGUUUUUGUAUUACCAGAUACAUAUGAUACAGAUGGCUACAAUCCUGAAGCCCCAAGCAUAACGAACACUUCCAGACCUAUGUAUAGACACAGAGUGCAUGCACAAAGGCCUAACUUGAUAGGACUAACAUCAGGGGAUAUGGAUUUGCCACCCAGAGAAAAGCCUCCUAAUAAAAGCAGUAUGAGAAUAGUAGUGGAUUCAGAAUCAAGGAAAAGAACCAUUGGUUCUGGAGAGCCUGGAAUUCCUACAAAGAAGACUUGGUUUGAUAAACCAAAUUUUAAUAGAACAAAUAGCCCAGGGUUCCAGAAGAAGGUUCAGUUUGGAAAUGAAAAUACCAAACUUGAACUUAGAAAAGUUCCUCCAGAAUUAAAUAACAUCAGCAAACUUAAUGAGCAUUUUAGUCGAUUUGGAACCUUGGUCAACUUACAGGUUGCCUAUAAUGGUGAUCCCGAAGGUGCCCUUAUCCAAUUUGCAACAUAUGAAGAAGCAAAGAAAGCAAUAUCAAGUACAGAAGCAGUGCUGAACAAUCGCUUUAUUAAGGUUUAUUGGCACAGGGAAGGAAGCACCCAACAGUUACAAACUACUUCCCCAAAGGUAAUGCAGCCUUUAGUCCAGCAGCCCAUAUUGCCUGUUGUGAAGCAGUCCGUCAAAGAGCGGUUGGGUCCAGUACCUUCAAGUAAUAUUGAGCCUGCAGAAGCACAGAAUGCCAGUUCAGACCUUCCUCAGAAUGUAACUAAGUUAUCUGUGAAGGACAGGUUGGGUUUUGUAUCAAAGCCAUCUGUUUCAGCAACUGAAAAGGUGUUGUCUACAUCUACUGGCCUAACAAAAACGGUAUAUAAUCCAGCUGCUUUGAAGGCUGCACAAAAAACAUUACUUGUUUCCACCUCUGCAGUUGAUAAUAACGAAGCACAGAAAAAAAAACAGGAGGCACUGAAACUUCAGCAGGAUGUAAGGAAAAGGAAACAAGAAAUUUUAGAAAAGCACAUUGAAACACAGAAGAUGCUAAUUUCAAAACUGGAGAAGAACAAAGCAAUGAAGUCUGAAGAUAAAGCAGAAAUAAUGAAAACUUUAGAGGUUUUAACAAAAAAUAUUACAAAGUUAAAAGAUGAGGUCAAAGCUGCUUCCCCUGGACGCUGCCUUCCAAAAAGUAUAAAAACCAAGACUCAGAUGCAGAAAGAAUUGCUUGACACAGAACUGGAUUUAUAUAAGAAGAUGCAGGCUGGAGAAGAAGUCACUGAACUUAGGAGAAAGUAUACAGAAUUACAGCUGGAAGCUGCAAAACGAGGUAUUCUGUCAUCUGGUCGGGGAAGAGGAAUUCAUUCAAGAGGCCGAGGUGCAGCUCAUGGCAGAGGCAGGGGUAGAGGCCGAGGCCGAGGUGUUCCUGGCCAUGCUGUGGUGGAUCACCGUCCCCGGGCCUUGGAGAUUUCUGCGUUUACGGAGAGUGAUAGAGAAGACCUCCUUCCUCAUUUCGCGCAAUAUGGUGAAAUUGAAGAUUGUCAGAUUGAUGACUCUUCACUUCAUGCUGUAAUUACAUUCAAGACAAGAGCAGAAGCUGAAGCAGCUGCAGUUCACGGAGCUCGUUUCAAAGGGCAGGACCUAAAACUGGCAUGGAAUAAACCAGUAACUAAUAUUUCAGCUGUUGAAACAGAAGAAGCUGAACCUGAUGAAGAGGAAUUUCAGGAAGAGUCUUUGGUGGAUGACUCAUUACUUCAAGAUGAUGAUGAAGAAGAAGAGGACAACGAAUCUCGUUCUUGGAGAAGAUGAUUUGACUGAUCAUUGAUCUGCAUAUGCUAGAACUCUACCUGUGUUUCAUUAGUAUUAUCUAAUGUACUUUGACAUAUUUGUAAAAACAAUUUUUGGUAAAAUGUGAUGAAGAUGGAUUUCACAAAUAGACAAAAGAGAAGAAAACUACCUUCUGAUCCUGUAUUUUGAAAGAUUGAUGUUUGCGUUUUAUUUCAGUAAACAACUGCUAAGACAUCACACUAGAAACAUAUGCAAUGUUUUUAUUACAUACUUCUACUGAACGUUACAGAAUUCUUUGGGUUCUUUGUAAUUUAAUGAAUAGGUCUGGAAACUUACGACCAAUACUUGUUAUAACUUAGAGGAUUUUUGUUUACUCCAAAUAAGGAAUGAAUUUGCAUUUAAAAUCUUAAUGAAUGUUUUCAAAAAUGAAUAGGUAACAUAGUACUCUAACUAAAGUCUCCUAUGUAUUCAUAUUAUUACAUAGUAGUAUGCAUAGGCUUUACUAUGUAUUAGCCUUUUAUUGGACUUGUGUAUGUAUUUUACCAUAUGGGUUUUAAUGAUAAUGGUGUAUGACUGCUUUGCAUAUGAGUCCUUAUGCAUUCAGAUGUUAAAAUAAAGUGGAAUGGUCUCUUGAAAAGAAAAGAAAGAAAAAAGCGAUGACAAAAAAAAAAAAAAGCCAAGACAAUGUUCCUUGAUUUAAAAGAAAGAAAAAAAAAAAAAAAAAGAAAGAAAAGAAAUGAAAAAAGAAAAAAAAAAGGAAAAGAAAAAAAAAAAAUAGACCAUUCCAGAUGGUGACCUGCCCUUUCCCCCAGUUAUCACAAAAGGAGCUAUAAUCACUAACUUAUUCUUAAUAAUGGUUACUGGUACCUUUAUAAUAAUGUACAAUCCAAUGUUUAAAAUUUAUACCACUUCAGUUUGGUUUGAUCCUAUAAAUUUUCAACAGAUGUCUUAAGAUUUAAAAGCAGGCUGAUUAGUUUGGAAGCAGACUUCAAGUAGAGCUAACAUUUGAUGAAUAAGAAAACAUCACAUUACAUUUUGGAUUUAUGAAAGAAAACUUGACCAUUUGAAGAUGUAUGAAUAAAGAAAUGUACUAUAAAUACCACUUUAGGAAAACAUUGUUUGUAGUCGUGAAAGGUGCCAAAUUGGCAGAGGCUCACGUUUCUUCUCUUUACACCAAACAGAGAGAGAUCAUCAUUGCCUGAAUUUAGCUUUGUGACUACAACAGCAAGAACUGUUCCUGUCUGGAGACGACUGUUAAAAUAAUAUCAUCCUACCAUUUCGUGUUUGCCCUUUACCACUUUGAAUACAGGUUUACAUGUACUAUAAUUAACAUUUUAUCUUUGCAGUUCUCUAAGGGUACAUCUGAGUCCAGAAGUGUAUCUCAGUGUGUGCUUUGACCUUACUCUUACAUGUACCCCCCCAACCCUUUUACUUUGUAGCCAUUUAGUUUUUAAACAUUUAGGAAGGAACAAGGCCUCUUGGUUUCACUAAUCUCAGUGCAGUCUCAGCCAAAUUGAGAGUUGUGUCUAGGAGACCUCUAAACAUGAUGCUGUGCUCAUUCCUGUGAACAAUUUAGAAUGAAGAAGGUGGUUAAAAAGUUAAGCAUGCAUUUGGCUUUAGGAUAUUAUUUUUGGGAUUAGAAUAGCCCUUAAAAUAGUUUUCAACAAAUGAUAAAACACUUUUUUACACACUGCAACAGCUUGCCUAUUCUGAAUAUACUUAAUUGAAUUCAUUGCCAAGCCCACUUACCUGAAUAAAUUUUUAAAAAUUAGCUCUUGAAAAUAAAAAAGGAGAUUAAUUUCCUUUCUUUUCAAGUAAUAAAUGAUGAUCUGUGGAUUAUAAAUAUUGAAAAACAUCUAUUAAAUGUCUGAUUUACACAGUUUUUCCAUGUUUUCUUCACUUGCAAUCAGGGAUCAAAGACAAUCUUAAAAGCAAGAGGAAAUAGCAUUAUGUGUCUAACUAACAUUGUUAAAGACUGUAGUUUUAAAAAUGAUAUAUCUGAAUUUUUUAUUAAUAAGCAAUAUGGUUUAGAAUUGUUUAUAAAGGCUAUGAUUAAAUUACACCUUACGUAUUCACCCAAAAUACUCUUUGGACACCAUAAAAAAAAAGUUUUUGCAAAAUUAAUUCCUCAGUAUUCCUUCCGUGAUUCUCAUGAAGCAUUUGAGAAGCCAGAAGUUACACUUGAUAAAAACCCUUGAUUAGAAAAGUCCAAAUUAUACUUGAUUUCUGUUUAUGUUGAUUUUUCAGUUCCAUCCAGCCAUGCUCUUUUCUCAUUUUUUUUUUUUUUUGGUUCAAAAUUGACUGUUCUGCAAACUUUUUUUUCUUGAGUGUGCAUUGCAUUUGUUCUCAUGAAAAAAUAAAAAGAAUGCAAUAACCACACCAGUCAUAAUGUAAAAUCUGUGUUGAUCCACAUUGGUUGGGCACAUCAUGGUUAAUGUUAGACUUGCUGUAAAGAAAAAUUAUGUUUUUUGGUGAAAGGUCUUCUAAUAUAAAUAUGACCUAGUAGCCUACAAGGCAUUUUGUUAAUGAGAGUUUUUGUUUUGUUCACAUUUGUAAACUCGAGCAGAUAACUCCAGAGAGUUUAUAUUUUCCCAGAUUACUCAGUACUUUUUCUCUUCAAGGAAAGAUUCUCUGCCCCUAAAAUAGGGGUUUAGCUGCUAGGUUAGAAACCCAAAGAGCAUAGUCUGGAGAUACAAUACUUGCUGUUAACUGUUUUCGUUGGUUAAUGGAUGUAGACCACAUCCUCCUCCAUUGUCAACUUUUGUCUUUUUUUUUUUUCUUCUUUUAAAUUAAAAACAAAGCAAAAUGAAAUUGAACGUGGCAUUGGAAAUCAGAAGUCAAGAUGACUUGAUUCUCAUUAAGAUCAUUGUGCUUUUUGAAAAUUGCUGUUAGAUCCAGUAGGUCAUUUCCGUAUUUAAAUUCCCAUGUGUUGACUAAUUUAAGAUACUCAUUAUUUCAUCUCCUUGAACAGGAUUCUCAUGGAGCUAUGUGUAGAUAACUGUACAGAGUCACUUGAGUAAUUGAAUGAAGCAGUUUAUCCCUCUGCAUGGUUGCAUUAUGGAAAUCUUUUAUAUAUAUCUUUAUAUUUUUCGAUAUACUUAGAUUUUACACUGUAGCAGCACUAGUCAUGCUAUAUUUGUUUGUUUCUUUUUUUUAAAAAAUAGAGUUUAUAAAUAUUUAUGCUCAAAAUACAGAUCAACUGAAUAUUUUUGCCUGGUUUACAAGAUAAGACUUUAAAGUGAUGCAGCCCCUCAAGUGUCUUAGGAAAAAGUCAUUGGUGCUACAAAACCUUUCAGUAUCAUUUUUGAAUCUGUUGUCUAGAUCUUAUUAUUGCUUGUGACUUAUUCCAAUCUUGCAGCAUAAUUAUAAAAGUGGUCUAUGGUGAGUCAAGUAAAGAGCCCAGUCCAUUGGAAACACCUCAUAAUUUAAAGAUACAAUGAUGCAGAAAGACUGUGAACUUUUUUGUGCCCAACUUCCCAAAAAGAAAGUAUAGUUUGCCAAGUUUAUCAUUAGCUGUUUUGAUAAGAGGAAGGGUGUUAAUUUGGCAAAAAAAAAAAAAAAAGACAAA